CGCGACGAACUCGGUGUGUUUGUUUACCCAGUCUAGCCAGUGAGCCUUUGCGAGAUUAAAAUGCGUUUUUCUACAAAAUAAUAAACGUGUUAGCGACACAUUAUACAAUACAGGAAAGGAUUUUCGAAAAUAAACAGCAGUUUGUGACAACGGUUAUAAAUUACGAACUGGAGAGAACAAACUUAAAACUUGUUUCUCGGACGUGAAGUGGACAAACGCUGCACCGGCCAUCUUUGCUAACUUAGCUAGCUCUCCUUGCUAGCGGGAAGAACUCUACUAGACUCCGUUUUAAAAAGGUAACCAUCAGAUCUUCAAGCCAAGCUGAAGAUCAUUCAUUCAUCUAGCCACAACAUGUAUUAACACUGCAACUAAGCAGUCAGACCCAGACAUUUCCCUGGUUGUAUUUGGUUAUCUGCUUUAGCCUUUCACGUCAUCAUGUCAUCGUUUUCGGAGUCUGCGUUGGAGAAGAAGUUGUCCGAGCUGAGUAACUCUCAGCAGAGCGUUCAGACACUGUCGCUGUGGAUCAUACACCACCGCAAACAUUCAGGCGCCAUCGUCCGUGUGUGGCAUAAAGAGCUGAAAAAAGCCAAAAGCAGCCGGAAGCUGACCUUCCUUUACCUCGCCAACGACGUCAUUCAGAACAGCAAAAAGAAAGGACCGGAGUUCACGCGGGAUUUUGAAGGAGUCCUUGUUGAUGCCUGCUCACAUGUAGCGAGAGAAACAGACGAGAGCUGCAGGAAGCACAUGGAGCGGUUGUUGAACAUCUGGCAGGAGCGCAGUCUGUACCGCUCCGAUUUCAUCCAGCAGCUCAAACUGGCCAUUGAGGACUCCAACAGCCCCAGACACAAAGCUGCAGCAGAUGAGAAGAAGGGGUUGAAAAGAACAUUCCAGAAGGUUCAGGAAGAAGAGGAGGAAGACGAUGACGAUGAUUACAGGACUCAGUACUCUCCCCAUGAGACAGAUGCCAUUGGCCCACAGCUGACAGAGGAGCUGGUAAAAGCCCUGCAGGAUCUGGAGAACGCUGCGUCCGGCGACGCCACUGUGCGCCAGAAGAUCGCCUCUCUGCCUCAGGAAGUGCAGGACGUCUCUCUGCUCGAGAAGAUCACAGAUAAGGAGGCAGCAGAUAAGCUAUCGAAGACGGUGGAUGAAGCGUGCCUGCUGCUGGCUGAGUAUAACGGGAGACUAGCAGCCGAGCUGGAGGACCGCAGACAGCUGGCCCGCAUGCUCACUGAAUACAUCAACAGCCAGAAGGAGGCGCUGAACGAGCGGGAAAAAAAACUCGAGGAGUACAAGCAGAAGCUGGCGCGAGUCACUCAGGUGCGCAAAGAGCUCAAGUCUCACAUCCAGAGCCUGCCCGACCUCUCGCUCCUGCCCAACGUCACCGGAGGACUGGCGCCACUGCCUUCGGCUGGAGAUCUCUUCUCCACUGACUGAUCACUUCUUCUUCUCUCUUCAUCCCUCCGUCCUUAGUCUGGACUCUGAUUCCACCAUCACCAGCCGUUCAGCUGAUAUCAGGCCAAAUCCUCACCCUCUGGCCUUUGUGUUUGGUUUUGGUUUUUAGAAGAAAAAAAAAAAAUCCUGCUGAGUUUUCAUCAAAACAGCAAACAUGAAACAUGACUCUGCUGUCUUAUUAUUAGAGUUUUUUUGUUUUAAUGCUUUAGGGUGUGAUUUGGCUUUAUUUGCUUAUUAAUAAUCCCAUGAGAUGUCUGUGUGGUUUGCAUUUUUCCCCCUUUUCAUUUGCUCAGUUAUAGAGACCUGGUAGCUGAAAUAAAUGAAAUAAACAACUAAGUGAAAGAGCCUCAUCAUCAGGUUGGAGCGACACCAAUUAAGACUGGGUGAUAUACUCUACGUGUCGUGUUAUCAUAAGCUUGAACCUUCAUUGGAGAAAUAAAGCUCGAGCAUUUGAGACUUUUGUGUUAAAGACAUGGUAAUAGUUCAUUAAAUAAUCAAAUUUAAACAGUUUUCCAAAUGAAA